GUUUUUUUAGACUAAUCUUGGGAUAUAAUUUUUACCAAUAGAAAUGUAUAUAUGAGACUAACUCAAAAGACUUGUCUAUUUUCUUUGUUCUGUGGUUUAGUUUUCCCUUCCUUCUUUCUUUCUUUUCUUCCUUCCUUCCUUCCUUGUUCUCUUCCUUCCCUCUUCAUUUCAUUCUUCCCCCUUUAUCUCUCUCUCUCCCGCUCUUUUUUUACUUUCUUUCUAUUCUUGCUUUCUUACAUUAAAAAGUAAUUUCAGACACAUUUACAAAUCAACUUGUAUUGUUUUAGAUGGCAUUUGGUGGCACAGUUCUAAACAGAUUUUUCCUUCAGAUUUUAUCUUCCCCAAAUAGAUUUCCUGCUCACUUUGUGUUUGUUUGUUUGAACUAUGUCUCUUGGUAUUGUGACAGCUCAGGACAACUUUCCAUAUACUGCCAUUCAGUUCCCACAAUAGUUAACUCCCAGGCUGUCAGACAGAUGACUUGCCAACUUCUGAGUGAUGCCAUCUGAAGCACAGUUUCAGAUGCGAGGCUCUUUCCUUGGUGUGGCAGUCAUUUUGAGCAAUGGGACAACUGCAUGCUUAUUUUUGAGGGAGUCAUGGUCAGAGUGAUUAUUUGCUCUCCCUCUUACCAAAGACAAAUGGUUGGAAAAGGUGACCUUCAGCUUCUUCAAGGAAGUUCUUCAGCAGCGUCAGGGAAAUCUGAACAGACCAUGGAUCUAUCUGGAAGGAGAAGAUUCUUUCCAUUCUCAUCUCUGAAUGCUUUCAUGUGGGAAUGACUGUAAAGGAAGAGCUGUGCUAUCCAAACUUGAGCUUUCCCCAUGGAUGAGUCAAACAUAACGUUUCAUCCCAGUGAAGGCACAGAGAACAUCUCAAUGCACAGAAACAUUUCUACACAGGAAAGAGUCUGGGAGAUAUUGACCCCACUUUGGGUAAUUAUGAUCAUCUCCUUCCUGGGUUUUUGUGAAAAUGGAAUUGUCCUCUGGUGCCUCUGCUUCCAGAUCAAAAGAAAUCCAUUCACUGCGUAUAUCACACACCUGUCCAUUGCUGACAUCUCCUUACUGUUUUGUAUAUUUAUUCUGUCAAUUGAGUACAUUGCUGGCUUUGGAUUCGCGUAUGGCUUUUACUACUAUAUAACCACCACACUGUCUAUUGUCUUUCUUCUCGGAUAUAAUACUGGUCUCUAUCUCCUGACAGCCAUCAGUAUUGAGAGGUGUCUGUCUAUUGUUUACCCCAUCUGGUACCGCUGCCACCGGUCACAGCACCAAUCAGCAAUUGUGUGCGCAAUUCUGUGGACUCUGUCUUUUCUGAUGACAAUAGCCGAAUACUUAACAUGCAAAGAUGAUUCAACAAAGGAACAAUUUGAUGAUGCCAACCAUUGCCAAGCAAUGCUCAUCUUCAUAUGGAUCCUGACUUUCCUGAUCUUCAUUCCUCUAAUGAUUCUGUCCAGCCUGAUCUUGGUCAUCAGAAUUCAUCGUAACUCCCUGAGACCUCAUUCAUCAAAGCUCUACAUCAUCAUUGUGGCCACCGUCGUCGUCUUCCUCAUCUUUGCCAUGCCCAUGAGGCUGUUGUAUCUUCUGAACUAUCACCAUUGGUCGUCUUUGCUCAGCCAGCAGAACCAUGUCACCAUUGUUCUCUCCACUGUCAACAGCAGCAUCAACCCUCUUGUUUACUUCUUUGUAGGAAGCAGCAAGAAGAAGAGGUUCAAGGAGAGUCUCAAAGUGGUUCUUAGCAGAGCACUUGCUGAUGGAUUGCGGCCAAGAAGUCAAGAAGUUGGCAUGAGUUUGGAUAUAGCAGAAACAAUUUUCUAAGGCUUAGAGGGGAAAAUUCAGGGGCAAAUGAUUGGACUUGUAAGAUUUAAUAAACUAUUGCAAAACUAAA